GAAGCGUCUUCAUACGCGCUACAGCCAGCCAGCCUGUUGAAUAUAGUUAGCUUGCUAUUUUGAUUUUUGGGUAGGAAAGAGAUAACUCAUUUGAAAUGUAAAACAAAAGACAAAUACGCAUUUUUAAUGCUACUUAGCAGACAGAAUGCUCUAUGACAUAGUCAAACUGUUUGUCCAAACCGAAACAGUAAGUUCACGUUAACUUGGCUGGCUAGUGAAACAAGACUCAAAGACACUUUUUCCAACAUGUUGAAAUUCAGCUUCAAGAGGGAGAAAGACAAGGAGUUUAGGCAUAUAGCUCAUGGUUUGAUCCCUGCCGCCUCCAUUGCUCCCAAGCCAGCUGUACCUCGUACCCCUCCCCCACGCAGCCCAAACCCCUCACCUGAGAGACCCAGAUCAGCGUUAGCAGCCGCCAUAUUGUCUUCCUCCCUCACCGGAAAGACGUGGGCCCUCCCUCCUACCCGGCCGAGGUCAUUCUCUGAGAGUGACCGAUCAGAAUCUCUCGUAUCGGAACCAAAUAUCAGCACUGCACUUCACACCAGAGACAGAUGGUCAGAAGAUUUAGCCAGCCGACCACGCCUGUCCUCUCCUGACAACUCCGACGGGGAGUUGGAAGACAGGGAAGAGGAGGUAGAGUAUGAAGAGGAUGAGCAGGAACAUGUCUACCAAACCCUGGAAAGGCCGGAGAAUUAUUCCAAUACAGAACCCAUCUAUUCUCUGCCUUUGAAAACUAAGUCCAGUAUACCCCAGCCAACUCAGAUGUCUGGCAGAAGACUGCCUUCUCCAGAUUUCUCAGAGGAAAUCAGUGACCAGUCUGCUGAAGCCAGAGAGAAGAAAGCAUCUGUCAGGAAGAGCCUUGAAAAUUGGAAAGGAGAUGUGCUAUUUAGGUCCACAAAACACAGCGUAACCACUGACCACCCCAUCCAAGCCGGCCAAACCAAAAGCCCAAAACAUCUCACCCACGCGUCUUCACAGCCAAGCAAGGUAUACAGCGAGGUGCAGAAGGAGGUACCGGAGAAGAACACAAGGAUGGCAGAUGAUCAAAAGCUACUAGAGGAGAGACUGCAGCGCCUGGAACAGGAAAUCAGUCACAACCAAGCCCUCUCAAACCUAAAGUCCUCUGCAGACUGCCAGGCAGAGCUACAGAAUUUGAGGCGACAUGCUCAGGAGCUGGUGGAUGAAAAUGAUGCCCUCAAAUUGACAGUUCACCGUCUGAGUGUGGAGCUGAGCCACUACCAAACCCGCUUUAGACCACUGUCCAAGCAGGAGCACUCCAAAAUCAGUGGCUUACCAAAGACUGGCUCUCCUCCUCCCUGGUUGCUUGACACAAAGUAUUUAUGUCCUCUGCUGCUGGCUUAUGAAGACAGGAUGAAUGAGAAGGAUGCACUCCUGCAAACCACUGAGGAAGAGGUGAAGAGGUUGCGUGUUCAUGUAGAGGAUGUGAUCAAAGAAAAUGAGAGACUCCAUGAUGAAAUUGCCAAGGUUGGGGUGGUCAGCCAGAAGGACUGUCAACAACUUCAACAACAAGCUAUUCUGGUUUUGCAGGAGAACCAGGUUCUGAUUGAUCAGCUUGAAGCUCAGCAUAUUAAGGCCAAGACCAAUCACAGCAAACACCACACUGAAGUAACAAAGGUGUCUAAGCAGCUCAUGCUGUUAGAAGUGGAAAAACAGCGUUUGCAAGAGGAACUGGAAGAAAGCAGCAGGGUGAUGCAUAAAAAUGCAAAGGAGGUUCAAGUUCUGCAGGCCCGCCUGAAGGAUGCUGUCACCUGGGACGAACACUGCAACAUUGCUGGGAAACUCAGAAGACAGUUGGAGCAGCAGGAGAGCAGGAAUAAGAGGGAAAUGGAUGAAUUGCUUCUAAAAGUGUCCAGUCUACAGGAGGAGAAUAGAAGUCUGGCUCUGGACAAAGCCAACCUGACUGCUGAUAUAAAGACAAAGGAGUCUGAACUGGAGCUCUGCAGACAAGCUAACAGGAAGGUUGAAAGACGGAUGAGUGUACUGAAGCGACAAAAGGACGAGUGUGUGUUGAAGGAGGAAAAGACUCGGCAUUACCUGGGAGCUGUCAUUUCUGUGGCAGAGCACAUUUCCCAGGAAAGAGACCAACUGUUGCACACGGCUUCGGCUCUUCAGCAGGAAAAGCAGGGAUUCAUCAGCAGAGUUCUGAAUGGCACAGUUCGAUUCGGAAAGCUACAGGAAGACGUCAAAGUGUAUCGGAGGCAGGCGUCAACCAGACUGGCAGCGUUGGAGGAGGCAGCGGAGGGGAGGACAGCUUCUUACCAGAGGGAGAUCCUUCACCUGCAGAGGCUGCUGAGAGAAAGACAGGAGACUGAGGAGAAACUGCUGCAGUCCAAACGUCUGCCCAUGCUGCAGCAGUAGAGAUGCUGAUAGGCUGUGAUUGCCGCCUGCCUGCUGAGUUCUGCAUAAGCUCCAGGGAAGCUGCACCGCCUGAGACUUCCUGGAGCUCAGGAGGGGACUGAGCCUUCAGAUCACUUUCUCCCCUUUAAAUACAGUCCUCUGUUCACAGUCAGCCAAUAAAGACUUAGAGCUAUUUAUAAUUUAUAAAGAUAAUCUACAUUUUUUGUAUAUUUUCCUUCAAAAACAUUUUCUACUUUCAUUAGAUUUCUUGCAAAAGCCUUCUAGCUUAGAACCUGACUGCAUAAUCUUUUAACAAAGUGUUUCGAAUUUGUUUAAAAUAACUAUUGUUGAUGAUAUUUUAGAGUUUUCUGUGGGUGUUGAAUGAAAGCUAGUGGAGGAUAAUUGAAACGGCAGAUAAAGAACUGCUGAAGACUGGGUUCACAGUUAAAGUUAGUUUUAGGUUUUGUAUGUAAUGUUGUGAAAUGUCUGUUGAUUCCAUUUAGAAUUAUGAAAUGGUAAGUUUGGGGUAAACAGGGGGUUUGUUUGAAGCUGUUUUAGUGAAGUGAAAUACUGAUUCAGUUAAAAUACAAAAAUCUAAAUUCAGUAUCGUUCCUAUCAAGCCUGCUGCAGCCUUAGUCUCUCCUGUUUUCACACACAGGAAAAUGAGCUGUGUAAAUUGCUGACAUUGUUUUAUGUAAAUGGCGUACACACUUGGAAGCUGCAUAAUUAAUGCUGAAGCCCAAGAAGGCAUAUAAACAUGUUUUAGUAGUACUUAAUUAUUCUUUGGUUUCCCAUCAGGUUCAGGAGCAAUUCUGUGUCUGCUGUAUGUAGCAGAGGAACAUGGCUGAUUUUGAACUACUUGUUUCUAGGUACACAGAUGCUGUAUUCCUUGUGAGAGUUAUGUAGCAAUCAAGACUUUUAAAACUUAGAUGCCCUUGUAAGGAGUGCUUCCAAGAAAUAUUGUGUUGAAUUGUACAAGAAAGAGGCAUGAAAUUGACAAUGACUGGUUAGGAUUAAUAUGGUAAUCUUUGUAAAUGGGCUACGAUGUGUUUUUUUUUUUUUCCUUUGUUUCCAACCAAGGCUUAUUUUGGCUUAAAACACAUAGUAGGUUACACACAAAUCCAUAAUCCUUUUAUAGAGCUAAAACACCAUUUCUUUACCCUGGUGAAAUAAACCUACAUUGAUGUGUUUUUUGCUUUCAGUGUCAGGAUAUAAUUUACCUUCCAUAUCUUUAAGAAAGCUUCAUCAUAAUAUGAUAAAUCAGGGCUACAGGAGAUAUAGUGUGUGAAGAAUACAUCUAUGACAGAACACUGUUAUUCAUUCACCUUCAGCUCAUCUGACAUAGAUUCUGUUGCUGGCAUUCUGGACCCUCAGGAAUAGCUGACAGCAAAAGACCCUCUGCAUGCUGGAUUUCAAAUUCCAAACUUGUUCCAGGAUCCCGUCUAAGAGUUUGAUUAAGGAAUAGUCAUAUUCAGUUACACUCAUGCACAUAACUGAGUCUAAGUCUUACUCAGCCAUAAAAAUAUCUAUCUGUAGAUGAAUAGUUAAAACUGAGUGAGUAUGUGAGCAUAUGUACUGGGACAGAAGUGUGCUGCAGUCAGACAGUUAAGGGGGAAUAUUUGGUUAAAGUAAUAAUUAAGGACUGAUAGUCUAAGGCUGGUGUUGUUCCCUGUAGCUGUCUGACAGCCUGACUUGUACUCCAAACCCCACUGCUUCGAACAACUCAGGAUGAUGUCAGUGUCUGAACUGACAGAGGAACAGAGGAAGGAUGGCGAGUAGGGAGCUGUUGUGCUGCAGAGCCACAGACCACAGCCUGAGAUGACUGAGGCUAGUUGUAAUGGAAGGAAGUGUACCAGGAUAGUGGAGCUACUGCUGAGCUUCUAUCCAAGAGGUUACACUGCAUCUGUGUGGCUUACUGGCCACCACUGCUUCCAACUAAAACACACACACACACACACACACACAUAUAUAUGUACACACAAAUAUAAGAGUAUUGGCUCAGGAUUUUUGUAUUGAUGGCUCUAGUAGAAAUGCAUCAAAAACAUGCUUUAGAAGCUCAGUAAAUCUGACCAUUAUUUCAAUCAGUAUCAUAUAUUUCAUCUGUUUGGCCAUUAACAGGUUAAUAUACGUAAUCUGUACCUCCUGUUGUGACCAGAUGAAUGCUAAACACUUGCUGAUCUGACUGCUGGCAUUGACCUUUAUGCUUAUACACACUAAAUUUGUUUAAUCUAUUUCUGGCUCUUUUACAGCAGCCUUCCGUUAAGUCCUACCUUUAAAUACGUUCUAAUGUUUCUUUUUUGAAUUUAUUUUCAUGCGAUGUUAAUUUCACAUUUUGGAACCAGCAGUUUGCAGUACUUGGGAGAUACUUUAAUAUUUAGUUAGAUGAAUUUAUAACAGCGAGCGUAUAAUUUUGGCUGACCUUUCUAUUAUUUGGCAAUGCAGCAUUUUUAAAUCAUGGUCUCCUUUAAACUCACUGCAGCGCCAAUCUCCUCCAUAUUAAUCAUGCCCAGUGUCGUCAUUUUGGUGGCGCAGCACUGUGAAAUUCAACCAAGUCAACCACAGCCUGGCUUAUGUUCUAUCACAUGCUGCUGUCUAUUUCUACUACGGUUCAAUCACAAAAUAUAAUGCCUUAAGCAGUACUUUAGAAAUAAUCGGGAGAGGAGAUGAUGCAUGCAGUUCUAUUCGCAGCAGGCUGGAGUGGGAUAAGGACAGAGCUGUUUUGCACAAUGUAGAUAGAAAUUUAAAAUAGAGCUUUGUAUGCUGCUGCAGCCAGUGUGUCCCUACGGAUGGCACCAUUGUCUACUGUAGACUGGAAGGUUAUGGCAGUUUCACUGUAGAACUCAGUAGACACCCCAGUACUGGCUUAAAGGAAAAUAAGUCAACUGUCAGUGAUGGCUGAAGAUGUCUCAGGAUUUUUACAUAACAAAGUCUGUAUAUUUUAAAGUCUACAGAUAUGUCUUCCUGUUAUCACUUGCUGUUCCAACAGUGAUGAGGUUUAUGAUCGCAACCAUGCUGCAUAUAAUCUGUUAUUCAAACUAAACCUCUCUUCUCUUCUCUCUCAUACAUACAUGGCAUUAGCACUAACUCAGGCCUUUUUUUUCCAUUUCCAUUUUUCAGUUUGUUCCUUCAGUAAGAAUUUAACUGCUUUUUUUUUUUUUUUUACUUCAGUAACUUACUUUGUCAAAAAUAUAUGUAAAGAAUGACUGAUGAAGUGACUGACUAAGAGAUUUCUGUCUGCUCUACGCUCUUCUACUCUCCUCAA